AAAGGGGGAACACCGGGCUAAUCUGGUUACAUAAGAAGCCAUUGAAUUUGCGGAACGUCUCUGCACUAAUCCGCUGAACUAUUCAUGUUCAACUGUCCCGCGGCAGAAUAACACACAAGACACACACAUACACACACACACACACUUGUGGCUGUGAAAGGCACAGGGGAGCUGCAUGCAUGAGGAGCGCAUGAUCUAAGAUAAACGCACAGACUGACUGGCAUCUAUGCGGUCUGCAGGCUGCUACAUUUCAACGCAUCUCUGCAGAAACUGCUAUGCUUCACGUUGCAAACACAAACUGUGGCGGCUUGUGCUGUUGUUCGCGCCCGUGACGAUUCCGCUGACGCGCCACUAGCCGCACCACCCAGGAGACAGAGAGGAGAGCUGUGAGCGACGGAACGAGCAGGGGGCUGAGUGGAAACCCGUCUCUCUUUCUCUUUCUUUUCUCCUUCCUUGACGAACGUGGACCGAAAGCCCGUUGUUGUGCAAGUCCCGUGGACAAUAUUUAGCCAGCGACAGCAAUUCACCAGUAGCAUCACCCAGGCUCUUCUGCAGAGAUGGAGGUACCAGGCUUGGCGCACAACAUCACCAGUCCAUUAAGUCCCUGCGAGGGGAUGAUCAAGGACCUGAGCUUAGACGCCAUACAGUUAUGCGAACGAGAUGGAAGUAAAUCCCAGGACGGCAGCAUCUCUGAGAUGGAGGAGCUACCUGUUCCUCAGAACAUCAAGAUCAGCAACAUCACCUGCGACUCCUUCAAGAUCUGUUGGGACAUGGAGGCGCGCAGCAAGGAGCGCAUCACACAUUACUUCAUUGACCUGAACAAGAAGGAGAACAAAAACUCAAACAAGUUCAAGCACAAGGAUGUUCCUACCAAGCUCGUGGCCAAGGCAGUGCCCCUGCCCAUGACGGUUCGGGGCCACUGGUUCCUGAGCCCACGCACAGAGUACACCGUGGCCGUCCAGACCGCAUCAAAACAGACUGACGGGGACUACGCAGUCUCUGAGUGGAGCGAGAUCAUCGAGUUCUGCACUGCUGAUUAUUCCACAGUGCAUCUAAACCAACUGUUGGAGAAGGCAGAGGUCAUCGCUGGCCGGAUGCUGCGUUUCUCUGUCUUCUACAGGAACCAGAAUAAAGAGUAUUUUGACCAUGCCAGGGAGGUGCAGGGGAACCGAAUGCUGCCAUCAGUGAAGGACAACAGUGGCAGCCAUGGCUCACCCAUCAGUGGCAAGCUGGAGGGCAUUUUCUUCAGCUGCAACACAGAGUUCAACACAGGCAAGCCUCCGCAGGACUCCCCUUAUGGCCGCCACCGCUUUGAGGUUCGGGCUGACGCAUUCUUCAACCCUGACACCAACCUGUACUUUGGAGACUUCUACUGCAUGUAUACAGCAUACCACUAUGUUAUUCUGGUCCUCGCACCAAAGGGCUCCAGAGGUGACGAGUUCUGUAAGCAGCGGCUUCCUGCACUCGACAUCAGCAACAACCGUUUCCUUACCUGCAAGCAGGAUGAAGAGGGUGAUGGAGGUCUCGUCUUUCAUCACGCUCAGGACGUCAUCCUGGAGGUGAUCUACACAGAGCCUGUAGACCUGGCACUGGGCACUGUGGCUGAGAUCAGCGGGCACCAGCUGAUGAGUAUGUCCACAGUAAAUGCUAAGAAGGACCCCAGCUGCAAGACCUGCAACAUCAGUGUGGGACGCUAAGAAACAGCAGAUUGUAGGAGAGGAAGGGAAGGACUAGAGGUGACUGACCUCUAUACACAGGAACACCCAUGUACUGAAGAAGCAGACCAACACAUGCAUGAAGCAGCAGAUUUAGUAGGCUCCCAGACAUGCACACCAACAUAUCUCUGACACCGCUCUGUACUCUCAUGAGACCAACAUUCCCAAAGAAGAGUGGAGAAAAAUAAAGGAAGGUACACACACUCUGACACCUGCACCAUUAUUUCCUCAUCUUAGAAGGGUUACCUUAAAUGUUGAAAACAUACAUUAAAACAUACUUAAUAUAUCCACAUAAGGGACCGCCAGCUGAGAAAUCUAAACCUGGGACACCAACAACACAAAUUCAUCCAUCCACCCUUGACCCAAGUCAACACUGGCGUACUGACCAAACCCUUUAAACUGUACUACAAAACAUGGGCUGCUUCUUUUCAAUUUCCUGUUUUUUUAAUUUAAUCUAUUGUCCCAUUUUUAUUAAUGACCUUUGCCUUGUUAUUAUUGAUAUGCUGUUGAUCGAGUGUCCACGGUCUGUGUGGACAAGCAUUUUGUUGUUUCCAGUUUCUUUGACUGUUUGUCUUUCUAGAAAUGUUUUGUUCUUAUUCCACAGUAGAUAAAAAUCAGACUUCUUUUUACCUCCUACUAGUGGCACAGACUGGUACUACAAUUUCCUAGGGCUGCAGCAUCAAUAGUCAUCUUUCUUCAUACCAAAGGUGUUAAAAACCAGACAGAAAACCGCUGUGGAAUCUAAACCGUACUAAUGCAACAACCUCUAAAAUGUGUACUCACUAAGUCUCUGAUGACCAAGUGUGAAUUACCCAUUAACUUGUUAACCUUUAAAAAAAAAAAAAAAAAAGCAUGAUGCAGUUCUGUACAGCAUGAGUAUGAAAGCUGUCAGUACCUCUACCAUAGCAACCAUUUCUGCAACAUUCGCUCUUAUUUUAUUGUAGUCAGUGGAAAGAAAGUAGAACCAUAAACUGUGUUUAGCAGAAUAAAUGUGAAAAAAUAUUUAUUUUUAUUGAUACAUUCAUAUAUAUAUAUAUGUAUAUAUAUAUAGAAAAUUAUAUAGACCAGAAGUGCACAAUGUCAAAAGCUCUGAUCAUUGUCAACAACGGCAUUUAGUGGGAAUUAACUUAAUAUAGGCAAAAUGGGGGGAUAAAGACAAGUUCAACAGCAGAUAUAACUUGCACUACAAUGCCAAAGUUCACCAACAUUCACAUAUUUUCCAAGGUGAACAUGUAAAUUGAAUGGUCACGAUUCAGAUCAACCAUGAAAUUCUUAAUGCAUAUCAUAGCACAAUUCAGGAUUAAAAAACUGACAUGCACAAAAACUACAGGAUUGUCUCACUGAUUGCAUAUAAGCUUACACAUUUUUGCCAAGAUAGCACUUUUUAAAAAUGCAGUUUCCACAUUAACUAUGGACAAAGCUGUCCAAAAAUUGUAUUUUGGCGAGGAAAAAAGCAAAGUGCCAUAAUAUGCAUACAGUAUUUAAAUUACUAAUAUGUAACUAACACCAAGUUGUUACAGCUCUUCAUCUUUGACACAGAUUAAUGCUACAUAACAUACACUUGCUACAUCAGGUUUAUAAUAAGAUACGUCAUAUGAAUGACAUGGAACGUGUUUUGUGGACUAAAAAAACUCCGCAGUUGCCCAGCAUUUCAGUCAGAUCAUCACCAACUUCCAUCAACAAGUGCAUCCACAUAAUGAGCAUGGCAUGAAAAAAGACCAGACUCAUCAUCCUGAUUUUUUAAAGAUAUGAUUGAGUCUUGUUAGGUUAGAUAAAAGUCCCACUGUGAGUUAACUCAACUGGUCUUGGUUGAGUCCUGUUGUUUACUGAGCAGGGCCUCCAGUAAGCGGACCUUCGCUUUGAGGGUCUUAUACUGGCAGUACUCCUCUGCCAUUGGUCCACGGUCCUCCUUCUGACAAGCCCUGUUAAAAAUAUACGGAGGAAAGAAGAUGCAAACAAAAGGCAAAGCUUCUUUUUGUAGUUUCAAAACAACCUGCAGCAGCUUCCAUAACUCGUUGAUAGUCCCUAUGUUGCCUUACUCAGAUAGCUUUGUACAGUGUGUAUUGUAAUCAAACUCUUACUGUAUUUACUUUGGAGGACUAACAUGUACAGUACAAGGAUGUGUACAGUUCAGAGCAAAUGUCUUCUAUCUCUUCGUCCCUUUCCUGAGCUCUCUGUGCUGUAUUAACGUUACGUGAGUGUGCAUUACACUGUCGUACCAUUAUGAUGGAAUUUCUUUUGUGGAUGUUUUUUCUUUGUUUUUCACAAGGCAUUGUUGAAAACCAAAUGUUCCAAGUUUAUUAAAAGACAAAAUAAAAUUCAAAAAGCCAAGUA